AAUUUGUUACAGAGCCUUUCUAGUCGAAAAUUGUCGAGUUGCUAAUUCUACAAUCGCUUUCCUCCAGUGUCUUACACGGGAAGGAUCUGUCUACAAAACCUCCACUGCAACGGUGCUCUCGUCGAGCUUGAUUAAAUAGCUCUACAAGGAAAUUCAUUCGUGUCUUUCUUCAACGUCCGAGCCUUCUUUGCAAAAGAGCCUUUCUAGUCGAAAAUUGUCGAGUUGCUAAUUCUACAAUCGCUUUCAUCCAGUGUCUUACACGGAAAGGAUCUAUCUACGAAACCUCCACUGCAACGGUGCUCUAGUCGAGCUUGAUUAAUAGCUCUACAAAGAAAUUCAUUCGUGUCUUUCUUCAACGUCCGAGCCUUCUUUGCAAAAGGUGAACAUAUUUUUCAUUACUAUAAAUGCAUUUUAAAUGUUUCUUGACAUCUUGCUAUAUUUACAAAUACACAAUUUGUUAUCUAAGAAUAUCUUUUCUAAUAAAUUUUUUUUUAAAAAUUUGUUACAGAGCCUUUCUAGUCGAAAAUUGUCGAGUUGCCAAUUCUACAAUCACUUUCCUCCAGUGUCUUACACGGGAAGGAUCGAACCAUCACUGCAGCGCACUGUCGAAACCUCCACUGCAAACGAUUCACCGAGGAAGAAGAGUAUUUUAAGAAAAUCAUCUGGACACUACGUUCUACGGAUUGCGAAUAUUUACGGAUUUAAAUUUAAUAUUCAUUUUUAAAAUGGAAAAGAAAAAUGAUAAUGUAAGUAGUGAUAGAUCUCCCCCAUCUCGACAUGAAAAUGAAAUUCGUCGCGUAGGAGAAUUGAAUAAUUUUCAUCGACGUGCGGUAUCACGUCCUUUUAUACAAGUAUUACCGUCUAGUAACCCGUUACCGCAGUUCAAUUUAUCGUCUAACCGACCAGUAGAAUUGGAAAAUCGUCCCCCUCAACAGACAAGUCCAAGAAUUCAAAGAACAGUGUCUAGUCCUUUUAUCCCUGUAUUACCUUUUAAAAGUAAUGAAGGUAGAGUGCAUCGUCCAUUAUUUGACCCAACAUCCAUGGAAGAAGCUUCUUCGUCUACAUGCGGAAUUACUGAAGAAGAAGUGUCGCUCGAUGAAAUUCCAUCCAACGUUCAAAUAGAAAAGUUCCAAUUUUUCGAUGAGAACACACGAAUGUCUGUAGGAAGUGGAGUAGAUUAUUGCAAGUCGAAGGAACAUGAUUUUGAUGAUGAUACAACGUUAUCAUGGCAACGUAAUUUGGGACUGAUGAACAUCGUGUCAUCAUCAUCAUUCAAGGACAGCAGUACACCGAUGGAUAUUGAUAAUGAAGAGGAAGAAACAACAUCUAGUCCUACGCCGAAAAAAAGAUACAAGCUGAAUUUAAAAGAAGAGAAACUAGUUGAAGAUGUUUUCAGCCAACAGUCAACAUCAAAGGAACAGAAAUUAGGAAGAAAAACUCCUCUUAAGAAGAAAAAAUCAUUAUCUCCGAUACCCAGCACGAGUCGUCAAGCUGAUGAAAACGACUAUUUGCAAAGUCUCAAUUUACAGGAAGAGAAAGAUUCGACAUUCAAAAUCCCCGAGCCAUUAGCGACACCAUCAAAUAUGAAGAAAACAACAAAAUCUACAUCCAGGAAAGAAAAACAACAACAACAACAACAACAAACUAAAUUUACCAUAAAGACUGGAUUCGAAUCUUUCUGCCCAAAUGAACAAAUUCGUACAAUUGUGAAUGAUCAAGUACAAAUGUUAUCACGUAUGUUCAUCUUGAUAUCUCUAUUUGUCAAUUUUGCCCUUAGACAUCCUACAAAUACUUUUCUUCUUGACGAAUGGUCUAAGAAUGGGCCCGAUUACUUAACAAUUACAUAUUUAUUUAAAGAGAAGGAACGUAUUAAUACAACAAAUAAUGCAUUUCUCAAAAAGUUGCGUGAGGAAUUUGUUCCUGAAUUUUCAGAAUAUAUGGGGCGACCAUUGGAAAAAUUCAAUUGCACUAACUUAUCUUCUCAAAUACAACAAAUGGCUGCACAAAUGAAUACCAAUUUCACUACAAAUCUCACUACUCACUGUAGAAAUCGACUCGCCAAAUUUUUUAAAAAUGAACUGCUUAAAAAAUCACCCAACUACAAGGAGAGAAAAUCCAGAGUCAUUGACGAAAAGUCCAUUGAAGAGAGGGACAUGAAGCGAAAAGAAGAAAAAAGGAAACGUGCAAGGAAAAACAAGAAGAAACGAAUUAAAUGGGACAGGAAGAAGAGGAUGAAAAGAAAAUCUGGAAGACAGAAGAGAGUUGAAAAACACAAUAAAUGUAGAAAUUUGUAUCCAAAUAAUAAAAAAAUGAGGGACAAAUUAAUAAACAUUCAAUCGAAAACGGAACAGAAAUCACGUAAUGUUGAUCUGAGGAAAAUUGUCUACGACGCAAGAAAAACUAUUGGAAGGAAUCGAGGCAAGAAGAAAUCUUCCAAGAAGCCGAGCAUCAAACCACCAAAGACAACACCCAAAAACAAACCGUGCAGGAAGCUGCCGAAGGAAAAAACACCUGAAAAUAAAACAAGCGAUACAACAUCUGCAACAAUUGAAAAAGACAAAGCGGAGGAGGAAGAGGAAGAAGAAAAAGAAGGUUACACAAUUAAAACCUUAAUUGACAAUCUUCUUUUAAAUAAAUGCGAAAAUGAAACAUUAAAUCAAAUGAAUGUGGAGAAAUUGGAUUUUGGAGACAUGACAAGUAAGGAUGAGUGUCACAAAUUUCUCCCUUUUUAUAUUCGCUUACAAAAAUACUUUGUCGAUGAAAAAAUAAGAGGCUUCAUGCUUGUGCCUAUUAUGAAACCUGGUGUAAAGUACAUCUGCUACACAAACACUGCACUGAGUGAAUUGGAAAAUGUUUUCAAGAAGAAACAAAAUAAAACUGAAGAAAAAACACCAACAAAGAAAAUGACGAAAGCUGAAAUUUCGAAACAAGAGGCAGAACACAAAAAACUCAUCUCACCGGUAAAAGAAAAUCAUAAGAAAUUGUCGAGGACAAUUAUGACGGACGGAAUUGCCGUUUCCGUAAUUUAUAAUGUUAUCAAGCCAAAGAAAAUAAUUGAUUUCUUGCCUACCGAACAAGGAGAUGUGCGCGAUAAGACUAAAUAUAAAAUUUUAAAAGGACUAGACCCAGGAUUAAAGCUUGCUUUCGGUGGGGUUGAAAGGGAAAUGCAACAAGACUUUGAUAUUAAUUCUAAAGACAAACCGAUUAAAAUCCCCACGGCAACAUUUCGUUUCGAAACUCAGGAAUGUAAACGGCGAUCGAUUCUAUAUAAAGUAGGAAAUGAUCCGAUAACGUAUUACGAAAAUUUAUUAGAUACUCCCGAAUUUAAAGACAAAGUAAAUCAUCGCGAUCCAUCACUUAUUAUUCCGAGUACUAAAUUUUUAUUAAGAACCUUUUACGAUCAACAACCGAACAUGGAGAAUAAGAAAAUAGCUCGCCUCAAGUGGGAUAAGUACAUGCUUGUUCAACGAGAAACGGAUUAUCUUGCCGAUUAUCUGGUAGGAAAUAGAGAAAAAAAACAACUCAUAGCAAUAGGCAGUCCAAAAAUUUCACCGUGGAUGCGUGGUCAUGUACGCAUGCCAUUAAGAAAAGUGGUACGAAGAUUAGCCGAAAAGCAAGAUAAAUAUAAAAAUUUACGUCUUGUUUUUAUCGACGAAUUUAAUACCACUAAAAUGUGCAGUACAUGUAAUCAGAAGAUGAAAAUAAUGAAAAAUAGAACUGCCUAUUGCUCUAGUUGCAGAAUAGCAUGGAAUAGAGACGUGAACGCUGGAAGAAACAUUUUAAAUUUAGCUCUAGUUCGACUCGGUAUAAUUAAAAAAGAACAGCUUCCCGACUCGACCAAAUUCCGCGCGAUCGCGGAAAUAGAGUAA